AUGAACGAUACUCUCUCUAUCCUAACUCCACAUUUCAUUGGAGUCAUCAUCUCUAGCAUGUUUUAUGGCUUUACUCUCGCCCAGACCUGGCGGUAUUUCCGAACAUAUCCAAAAGAUAUAUGGUCUAUGAAGGCCUUGAUUCACUAUGACUUCAUGAACUCGCGACUUGAGCGCAACCAAACCUAUGCAUAUCGUCUUCCUCCAACUUUCAUUGAGAAGGCCGACGGAUGUGCCAACUACCACGAAAACGUGACCUUCUGUGACAUGGAAACGGUUGGAAUCGAAAAUAUUGCUGGUCGUUCUAUCAUUCACACCAUUCUUCGCACCCUUCAACGCAUCAGUUUUGACGAGGACCUCCUCAAGUUACUUCUCCUUGAGACGAGUUACCGCCCACUCACCUUACUGUUCCGCAUGAUGGAGACGGUCCACGAGCACCCUCAGCUCACUGCUAUUCCCAACCAUGCAUCUUGCCUUGAGCUUCUUUAUGGACCUCUACCUGAACUCCGCGCAUUCGUCCGCAUCAAGUUUAAGAACGGGACCAACAAGGAUUUCCAGACUUAUCCCAUUUUCACUCACAAAGGAAACAUCGUGGCAACACGAUAUCAUUCUUGA